GCCACCAAAACGCCAUACUUCCAAGAGCAUUUUUCGGGCGAGUUUACAAUUUGCGGAUAAUCGUGGAAAAAGCGUUGAAAGAACGUGCGAACGCGACCCCCAAAACGAACCAUAAAGUCCGGUGGCUAAAUAUGGUCACAACGUGCAAUAGUAGCGCCACGCACACACCGCCAAGGACCUAAAUUCUGGCAAAAAACGAUGCUUUUGCUGUGAGAGGGCGAGAAAGAAAAAUUAAGUGUGGUGGGAAUCGGGAUUCUACUUCUACGCAUUGUAUCGCACCGUAUCAGCUGCCGAAAGCAGAGCAAGCGCGUCAAGCGUGGUGGUGGUGGUGAUAGCGGAGCGCCAAGAAAGGCGCAGCAAACAAAACAAAACAAACGGAACAAGGCGGCGAACUAUGAGAUCUCAGGUCUGACGGCAGCUCAACUCUACUCGCCAUGGACAAGCGAUUCAAGUGGCCGCUCAACCAGAAGGCCAACUACUCGGAUCCGCCCUAUCACCACAAUUCGUCAAGGGGCUACCCCAAGCAUCCACACCAGCACCAGCAGCACCCCCACCCGCACUCUCACUCACAUCCCCAUCCGCACGCUGGUCCUGUCUAUGCGCCGCACAACAAGACCAACUCAAGGCAGCAGCAUGGCUAUAGCUACCAGAAGGAAACUAGUCGCUAUUACAAGCCACCACCGCCGCCGCAGGAGCGGCAGGAGCGUGGCUACCAGAAGGAAACCAGUAGCUACUACAAGCCACCACCGCCACCGCUGCCCCAAGAGCGUGGCGGCGGGGCAAUGGCACCGCCCUCGUCGGGCGGAGCACCUAGCUCCGAUGUAGUUACGCUCAUUGUGGAGAACAACAAUCUGAAGCGAAUGAUUAUGCUGCACCUGAACCUCAUGCAGGAGCAGACGGACAGUUUGGAUGCCAAGGACAAGGAGCUGGACGAGCAGAAUACCAAGCUGAGCCAGGUUUUGGUGCAGAAUCAGGACUUGAAGCUGGCCAACGCCAAGCUGGAGGCCACCAUCGAGGAGCUGCGCAAGCAGCUGCGAAAAAGAAACAAGCGGACGAACGACGACGACGAUGAUGAUCACUCUUUGCCCCCGUCCGCCGGCCCGCUUCUCUUGCAUGCCGAAACGCAGACUGAGCUUGUGAAGCACGCCCCCCAGCACAUGCAACCAAUGGGGGAGCCGCAUCCGCAGCAUGAGCAGCUGUCGAGGAUCAGAAUGGAGGUGGAGCAGGAGCUAGAAGAAGAGGAGCCGCAGUUGCCGCAUAAAGCGGGUCACAAGGUUGCCGGCACCACGAAUCUUCCUCCAGCCAGUAAGCCCAUGGAGAGCAAAGCCCGCGGCGAGUUCAAUGGCAAGAAGGUGAGCACUAUUUUCCUGCAUCGCGUGAAUCAAGACUCCAGCCUUACGUCCUCGAAAUACCAUGUCCACGAGGAAAUGCCGAGUCAAGCUGAGGAGGAAAAUCAGCAGCAAAAGCUGGAAGAGGAGGAGCAAUUACAGCUGCAGGAGAAGUUGGAGGCGGAGCACUUGGAGCACCAGCUGAAGACGGAGCACUUUCGGUUUGAACUGUCGCUCCAAGAGCAAGAUCAGAGUGUCGUCGAGGAAGUCGUUGAGGAGGAGAUAUUUCACGAUGCUCUGGAACCCCACGAGGUGGAAGUAGAGGUGGAGGUGGCAUCCGAAACCAUUGUGGGAGCAGAGGAGGAGGUUCUCGGCGAGGAGAAUGCACCCUGCGUGGACGCCAAUGGCCAUAUGGAGGAUCAGGAGGACUCUGAUGAAGAUAGCGAGGAGGAGGCGGACUCGAGUGAGGAAGGGAGCAGUAGUGACGAAGAGGAUGACCAGGAAGAGGAGGACGAAGAGUUUGUGGAUAGUCCACUGGUUAACAACGUAGAGGCACUCUCAGCCCCAGAAGAGGAUCUCUGGCCGAAUCAGUUACCUCCCAUGACUCCCAUGGACUUGAACAUGGUUGAAGAGAAGCCCAUGGCGCCAUCCGCUCACUCUACACCGAAUCAUAGACAGAAGCCGCUGUUGCAGGAAGAAGAGGUUGACAGCGAACCGGAGCAAGUGCAGGCGGAAGAGGAUAGUCUAAAGAGACCAGAUUUGGAGUCAGAAGAUAGAGUUGAGAACGAUAUGCAGCUGGAGCUGGACUCGGUAGAGCAGAUGGAGGUGGAAACCGUGGAGAGCUUCACAGAGGAAAUUGUCAGAACAGAGACGGCCACAAUGGAGGUCGAAAUUCACACGGAGGAGGUGGUGACGAUCAGCAGGCAUGCCAAGGAGCCGCAACAGCAGCCUAAGGCAGCCAAGGAGCUUAAGGAUGAAGGGAUUAUGGAGGCGGAGCCACUCAAGGAGCUGGAUGAAGCACUCAAAGAGCAAGAAGAAGCGGUCCAGGAGCUGCAAAAGCCAUCCAAGGAAAGAAAGGCCUCCAAGGAGCUGCAGGAAGCUUUGGAAAGGGGUAAUAAAAAAGUCCCAACGCAGCAGCGGGUAGGUGUCAAAGAGCAGGAAACACCAAAGGAGCUUCUAAAAGCCUCCAAGGAGCUGAGAGAAGCCUCCAAAGAACGUAAAACUUCCAAGGAGCAGUGGGAGGCAGCCAAGGAGCAUCGCAUAGAAUCCAAGGAUCAGCGAAAAGCAUCCAAGGAACGGAAGGCAACCAAGGAGCAGCAUCAGACAGUAGUCAAGGGACAAGAAGAAACAUCCAAGGAUCUUCAAAGGGCCAAGGAAGUGGCGCUCAAAGCUGUGGCGCUCAAGGCGGUGGCACCCAAGACUGUGUCGAAUGCACUGCCUCCCGCCUCCGCAUCCACCCUUCCCAAGGCCAACUCAGCGGCUAUUGUGGCGUCUCCCAAGGUUACAGGGGCAGCUGUGAAUGCAUCAUCUCCCGCUAAAAAUUUGACAAACAUGACGAACUUUUUAUCCGCCAAAACGCAAACGGAGCCAGUAAAAAAGCAUCGUCUGCAAGUCAAGAUCCGGCAGCACGGCAUGUUCAUUGACAAGAAGAUCAGUAGCAGCUCCUCCUCCUCCUCCUCCUCGCCGGCGAAACCGGCUCCCUCGAUUAUCACCGAUCAUCGAGAGGACCAGGAUACGCUGGAACCGCAGGUGAAGAUCAAGAAGCUGACAUUGCUCAAUGAUAAACCCAUAUCCCGGGAUCAGGAUCAGGACACAGACCCCGACACUGAGGAGACAAUUGAGCAGCGCGGAGAGCGAUUGCGCCUCCGGCUGCUGGAGCAUCUAAACAAAGAGCAGCGCCGCCAGAGUCAGAGCAUGAAGCAGAAGCCGAGCAAGGAGAGCGUUGCGACAAAUCUGAUCUUUCCGCCCACGGCGCCACCCACAAUCACCCCAGCGCCGACGCCCACGACAACACCAUCGUCAACGCCGGCAUCUACGCCCCAGCCCACGCCCACAUCCUCAUCCUCCCAGGAGCCUAUCGCCAGCCCUUCGACCAAGUCGAAAUCCAAGACAACAACUACAGCAGCAGCAGCAGCAGCUCCACUGACCCCGCAAUCCAUAAGCAGCGUGAGCAGCAGUAAUUCCUCAUCGGCACCAACCAGAAAGACCAACAACAACUGUGCCCCGCACACGUACAGCAAGGCCACGGCGAGAUCGGGCAGAUCCAAGUCACGUUUCCGUACCGCCACCUUUCCGUACACGACGCGCUCGUGGGAGGAUCAGGAGUUCCACUGCGACAACGAGUUUUUCUUGGAGGAGGCCGACGAGCUGCUGGCGGACAAUCCCAGCCUAGAGAUACCCAAAUGGCGGGAUGUGCCCGUAACGCCCAGUUCCGAUAAACGGAAGACGGAACCGCUGAGCGAUGCGGACUUUGAGCGACGUCACAGCAAGUAUGUGAAGGACGAGAUCGAUCGUAAGUGCCGGGAUGCGCGCUACAUGAAGGAGCAAGUGCGAAUCGAGAGCCUGCGCAUGCGACACAACCAGGACGAGGUAUUGGUCUCGCUGGAUCCGCUGCCCACGUCCACAUUCUACCCGCUGCCCGAGGACAUUGAGGGUAUUCAGUUCGUCACCGAGGUACCGGUUCAGGCCUUUGGCGAGAAUAUGGUCAAUAUGGAGGCAAGGGACGACUUUAGCCUGCCCUGGAUCGAUGCUCGCCAAGCGUUAACCUCCAUUGCCAAGUCGAAGGCGCAGGCAGUGCCGGUGGCGACGUUGGCCAGCAAAAAGCUACCCACCACGCCGGCCGAGGCCAGGCAUCAGGAGAAGAACUCCUCGUACGUGUUCCUGAAGCGGCGCAAGCGUCCAAGGCGACAUUAGCCACCGAAUGGGUUCACCAAGGGGAGCGUCUACUUCUAAGGGAGCUGAGCUGGAUUGCAGGAGGGAGGCCGACGUUGCUUUUUUUGUUUUAAUUUUUUUCUUAUGCGAGGUACUAUGGCUUGCGAAAUAUUUAAGAGAGCAGAGAGUAAAGGCUACCAGCCAUCCUAGGGAUCAGUGUCAAUCCAGGACAGGCGAUGUCGUAUAUAAAUAUCGUCCCGAGCAGUUGUCCGUCGUUAAUGCAAUCCAAUGAAGGUGCAAUAGUGAUGAUAAGCAUAUUGUUUUCCUUUUUAAACUAGAAAUUUUGUUUUUUAAAAUCCCAGAGAAGUAGCUUUCCUUACUUCAUUUGUUUAUUUGUAUACUUUUUCGAGUAUUUAUGACUCGGUUUAAGCUUAAAGUAAAUGUAGAUGUU